CUGGACGUAAAGAAAAGGCAGGUGACUGCCUGCCUGCCUGUGUCCUUGUGCUUUGUUGGCUUGUUCGGGGAUUUGCUGGCGUGAGCUGUAAUUAAAAGGCCAUGCUUGUAGUUGGUAUUUAAAAAUGAAGUAAAACUAGUUUAGGGAACAGUGUUCUCCUGUGUUUCCCUCAGUUUUCCCCUUCUCCCCUGCACCUGUAGUGAGAAAGGACUGGAUUAAAGCCAAAAUACAUAUGCAAAAAGGAAAGUGAAACUAAACAUGCUUAUCGAAAGACAGUGGAAUUGAGGAAAUGAGAGAUCGAAGUUUCACCUGUAUGUACUUAACCUUGUGCUUCUCCUCAGAGGGCUGAUGGUUUUGAGAGGAGACAGUUGCAGAGCUGUGGCCUGAGACAGAUUCAAGGCAAAGAGUCAAAUGUUUAGGUUGUGGAUCCAUCCAAGAAUGAGCAAAUGUAAGAAGCCUUCUGUUGACCAGACUACAAACCUUGAAAAGUUCAGUCCUGAAAUUCUUUCCGAAAUUGAGAAGCUUUUUGCAAAGAAGUUUACUUACACUAAGCCAGUGAAUAACGAAUGGCAGCUACCGGAUCCCAGCGAUGCUUUUACGCGCGAUCACGAGGAAUUCAACUCGCUCCUGGCUCUGAAGGAUUCAAUGAAUGAAGUGAAGAAUCAGCUGAGUGAUAAGAACCUGGAUGAAUGGCAUCAGCACACCUCCUUUACCAAUAAAGCGGGGAAAAUAAUUCCUCAUGUGAAGAAAUCCGUGAAUGCUGAGCUGUGCACCCAGGCCUGGUGCAAGUUUCAUGAGAUUCUGUGCAGUUUUCCUCUUCUCCCUGAAGAAGCUCUUCAGGACGGAGAACUGAACUCUGUCCACCUCUGUGAAGCACCUGGAGCUUUUAUAGCCAGCCUCAAUCACUACUUGAAAUCCCACCGUGUCCCUUGUGACUGGAAUUGGGUAGCGAAUACUCUAAACCCCUAUCAUGAAGCAAAUGACACCCUUACGAUGAUCAUGGAUGACCGUCUCAUAGCGAAUACGUUGCCUUGGUGGUACUUCGGCCCAGAUAACACUGGCGAUGUGAUGACAUUGAAACAUCUAACAGGACUUCAGAGCUUUGUAAGUAAUAUGGCUGCAGUUCACUUGGUAACUGCUGAUGGCAGCUUUGAUUGCCAGGGAAAUCCAGGUGAACAGGAGGCUCUGGUCUCACCCCUUCAUUACUGUGAAACAGUCACUGCUUUAAUGAUCCUGAGCACUGGGGGAUCCUUUGUCCUGAAGAUGUUCACGCUGUUUGAACACUGUUCUACCAAUCUGCUCUUUCUACUAAACUGCUCCUUUGAGGAGGUCCAUGUCUUUAAGCCAGCCACUAGCAAGGCUGGAAACUCGGAGGCCUAUGUGAUUUGUCUUCGUUAUAUGGGCAGAGAAAGCAUUCAUCUGCUGCUUUCUAAGAUGAUGCAGAACUUUGGAACAGAAAUGGUCAACAAAGCACUUUUCCCCCAGCAUACGCUACCGGAAUCUUUUCUUAAAAUACACGAAAAGUGUUGUGUGUUCUUCCACAAGUGCCAGGUAGAGACUAUCUCGGAGAACAUCCGUCUCUUUGAGCGCAUGGAAGAAGCAGAGCAGAUGAAACUGAACAAGUUAAGAGAUUGUGCAGUAGAGUUCUUCAUGCAAAGAUUUCAUAUGAAACCCAUUGCCAGAAAUAACUGGCUUGUCAAGAAAUCUCAGACUGGUUGCAGCAUGAAUGCAAAAUGGUUUGGGCAAAGAAACAAAUAUUUUAGUACGUACAACGAAAGGAAGAUGCUGGAAAACCUUACGUGGAAUGAUAAAGUGGCAAAGGGCUAUUUUAAUCACUGGGCUGAAGAGCAUAGUUUAAAUAAUGCUGGUAAAAUGUGCAUCUUGGAAGGAUCAUCUUCUAACCUUGAGUGUAGCUUGUGGUACAUUUUGGAAGGAAAAAGACUACCCAGGGUAAAAUGUUCGCUGUUUUGUGAUGGUCAAGUCUUGGAAAACCUUAAUGAAGCUGUGAAAGAACUGCUGGGGGGGGGGUUGAAAAGCAGACAAAUGCUGCAGCCUUGUCACUCAUGUGAAGUUCUUCCUGGGGAACUGAUACUGGCAGAAGUGUCUGAUCUUUCCAGGUGUCAUCAGGAAGUCCUGAAUGAAAAAUGUGGUGACCAAUUCAAGUGCCUUGUGGUGGACUUUCCAUCCCUCUGUGAUACUGAAAGCCACCCCAGUAUGGAAAUAAAGCUCCUGGACUCGGCCACACUGCUGACUUUUAGCUUCUCUUUGCUUUAUGAUGGAGAACCAAAGUACCAGCAGCAGCUUCUGGAGUGCGUUCUGCAUUCGUUGAGUCAACUUGUAGUGGGAGAUGCAUUGAUUUUGCCUGUUCUCUCGUGUUUCACGCGCUUCACAGCUGGCCUGGUCUUUAUACUGCAUUGCUGCUUCGGGUGCAUCACGUUCGCUUGUCCGACCGCCCGGGAACCUCUAAGGACUAGUGCUGCUUUGCUGUGUGUUGGUUACAGAGGCCUCCCGAACCCAGUUGUUGAAUACCUGCAGCAUCUGAAUAAACUAAUGAGCUCUUUACUAGACACGGACUCUCCCCAGCAAGUUUUGCAGUUUAUGCCUAUGGAGGUUCUGCUUCAGGGCAAACUGUUGGAGUUUUUAUGGGAUUUAAACACAGCCAUUGCAAAGAGACAGCUGCACUUGAUUGUGCAAGCUAAGCAGCAGCAAACUGCUAGCAAUAUUUCACUUUAGAAUAAUUCUAGAAUUGAGCAAGUUGCUGCUGCUAGACCUUGUUUCACAGGCAGGUAGAAGGUGUUAAAAACAUUGUUAAUGUGAAGGUAAUGGUACUGUAAAAACCUCAGUGUGACAUUGUUAGUGUUGGGAGGGUGUUUUGAGUUGUUGGUCCUGCUUGCAUAGCGUUGGCCUGUUGUACAGAAGCCUAAGGCUUAAUUUUGGGCAUGGAAUUGGGAGAGACAGUGAUUGAAGUGGAGGAGCUGUUCUUCCUCUGUCCCAGCUCUCCCUGAGCAAAUUUUUGUGCUGCUUAGAUUAAAACUCUGGCCUUCAUGAUGAGAGGCGGUUUGGUGAUUUAUACCUGUUGCAUCAGGCCAGGCGAUCGGGGGAGCCUGUUGUGUGACAUUAGCCCUCUUCUGUGGAGCAAAAUGUGGGAGUUUUGACACACCUUGUGUACUCUUCCAGGGUUUGUAGAAGCUGAAAUGUGACAUUUGGGCCAGAAUGCUCAGCGGUGUGUGAGACUUGAGGGAUGAGUGUCUUGUGAGCAGGCAUCUGUCUUGCAGAGGCUGGGUUAAAAAUGACCAUGUGUGAGCGGCAGGUGUCCAGGGAAAGCUGCUCUUUGGUUUUAAUUUUGUUUAUGCGACGAGCAGCAGGCUGUGCAUGCUUUUUGACAGGUUAUUGGGUGGCUUUGUCUCCCCAUCAAUGAAUGGGCCGUUACAACGUUAUUUUUAUGUGGCUUAUGAGUCUUCCUUAAAAUAAUUUGAGACUCCUGAGUGAAAGUGAAGACUUACAUCUGUCUAUGGCAGCAGCUUUUAAUGAGGAACUGCAAAUGUUUUUCAGGCUAAAAACAUGAUCGUGUGCAGAUUUGUGUAUCAAGAAGUGCUUUGGGUACCAUUAGAGGAGCAUUAAACUGAAGAAAUACCCGAUAACUUUCUUUGGGAAAGCAUGAUUAAGAUUUCAGUUGGUUUCCCUUAAGGAUAAAAAUGAUGGAAUUGGUAACUGACUGUUCCUUUAAGGGAGUCAAACUUCAUUUUCCAUACUGCUCCUUUGAGAGCUAAAUUUUAAGGCUUAACUUGUCUAUAUUAACACUUAGUUUUGAGUUUGUAAUAUAUGUGGAAGAGCCUGCUCAGAGGGAGAAAUGGUUUAAAGGAAAGAUGGCUUUGCUGUUGACCUGUGCGAGAUCUCGUAGGAAAAAGGUCGAAAGAGUGGAGUUAGAAGAAAAAUACGAUCUCCUGAUGAAUUACCAGUCACCUGCUGGAAGCACUGCUGGUGUAUAAUGUGGGUGCUCAGAGGAUAAUUGAUUUACUUGUAAGGGAUUAGAAGCACUGCUGAAAAACUGUUUUGUCUGGAGGUGCUGCACAUUUAAUGGGCUUUCUUGCCACGUUGAUUGGGGCAGGGUUUAAUGUAUUUAACAGUUCAUUUUUUUAUUUAAGGACUUGAUAGGUGAAUGAGUUGGUGGCUCAGGUCUGACUAAUUCAUAACAUUUGCUAAAAAUUUUGCUUUUUACAGUUGCUUGUAAAUAGAAGCCUAACAAAAGCUUCUGGGUUUGAUCAUUGCCCAUUUUAAUUUAUUUAAAUGAACUUGCUCUUUUUGCUGUGAGCUGAGUCACGCUUCCUCUCUCAGACCAGGAAGGAAGGGAACAGAGGCUACAGAUUGGGAGAUGUAUGCAGUAAUAGCUUCUCCUGUAAAUCAUUUUUUUGAACCUGUAAACUCGAGAGUGCAAGCAGGGCCACAGACUAAUUUCAUUCAGGAAUAAAAAAGGAAUACUGAAAACCAGGAUAAGGGGGGGGGAGAAAUAUUGUAGAAGAACGGGUGAUAAGACUGCAUCAAAGAUCACCUGUAAAAGUUGUCUUUGAAACAAAGCAGGGUAAAGGUGUUGUCCACCAAAGACACCCCUACAUCUCUGCUGUUGUUUCAGAGGUGAUUAAUAUUCCUGAAACUCCCACUGAGCUGAAGCAUUUGAAAAGAUGUCUCUUAAAGCAGGAGUAAAUGAGAUUUCCAGUGCAUGGCUGUGUUUACACUGUGAUAUUCUGCCAUGGAGGCAUGAGUAGCCAGGAGCAUCUAAUCUAAUAGGUACUUAAAUAACUUUGGGGUUUUUUUUUCUUACUCACAUUAGACUAAUAUUUUUAAAUUAUGAUUUUAUAGGUAAAGUAAAAUCCUGAGGUGACCAUGAGAGAAAAUGCAUUUAUUUUUUCAAGCUUUCCUUGGUCUGUUCUGUACAUCUGAUAACUCUGCAGACUUACUUGAAAUCCCUCCUAUCCCAUUGUUCCCUGUAUCAUCAGUUUCCCUUUUUAAAUUUAUUUUUAGGAGAAAACAUUUUAGAUGGUCACAGAACUUUGGGGAGAGUUAGGACUGUGUACUUCAAGAGAAGCUAAACUGAGCUGGUGGGGAAACAUAAUCCAUGUGUUUGGAAGUGCCCCCUGCAUGCCCCCCCCCCCAAAAAAUAAAAAAAAAAAAAAAAGGCAAGCUGUCCUGUGGAAUGCCAGGUCCCUAAAACAAAGGACAUCCAAUGUCCUGUGGAUCCUGAUGCCUGAUUUGUCUGGAGCUUUUUUGUUUGUUGGGGAGGUGACAGGAGAAAUGCUUUGACAGCAGCUAUUCCUGUUAAAAAGAAAGGAUGUGGUUUGGAGAGGGUUUUUUUUUUAUUAUUAUUAUUGUUGUUGUUUUAAUGGCAGGAGUUUCAAAGGUAGGAAUGACAGUUGUCCUUUUAAUUGUGAGAAUCCUGCAUUGUCCUAGCUGUCUUUAGACCAAAGAUCUCUUGAAAGAAGGGACAUUUAAUUUCUGUUGUGACUUUUGGAAUAUGUAAGAAUGCACAGGAAGAAUGUAUUAACCUUUGUGGAGAGGGUCUGAUGGCUCCUGCCUCCCUUCAGGCUGUCAGGUUUUGGUCAAUUUGAUUUUGGGUGACACCUGAUGAAGUGUCUCAGUAUCCUGGCUGCUUUUAAGUUUUCUUUUUUUUUUUUUACCUGUUUGAAGAUGAACUUGGGGGUAUUGGUUUCCGUAAUUAGGAGCUUAAGGUUUCACACAGGGGAAAAUAGAGGGGCUGGAGAGAAUAAAUUGGUUUUGAUGUGAUCGAGAUUCAUGCAAACUUCAGGUAAAUUUAGUUUUGCAGCCCUGCUGGUGCAAGUUUCUGAUGAAGGACCUCUGUCUAGGCCCAGUGAUAAGCUACUAGCUACGUUAUUUUUCUGAAAUUCAUUGGAUCUUUUGUUUUAAGCCGGCGUAAUGUUUUGAAAGCAGUUGCAUGAGAGUUGAGUGGAUCGGGUACUCCACUAAGUGAAAAUGCUGAUUUAUUUUUCUUGAGUUCCAUUAAAGUUAAGAAACUUGCUGCUUCUUUUUACUAAUUUUGUAUUAUAUUGAGAUUCGUUUGUAUGUGCACAGGUUGUAUGUGUUCUUGCCACUGGCUUUCCAAUUUAAUUUCUACAAAACAUAAUGAGAUUUAUGGUAUGAAAUCCGGUAGUCUAUUAAAACAGUACUAAUUGGUGUCUAUUCAUCUUCAUUUAAGCUGAUUCUAUCAAAUUACUGGUUGUAAAAGUAGAAUAUGGAGCAGAAUUGUAUUCUAUUAGAAAAACAAUGUGGGACUUGACAGGAAGGGAUUAAUUUUGCCUGUGUAGAAAGUAGGAGAAAAGAAAAGCGCACCUUGGUUUCUAGCCACUGAGCUGGGUGCUUAAGGAUGCAGAACAACAUCGAGUCCUUGAUUCCCUGGAAGCGAGGGUUGACUGGUAAGCUGAAACCUCAGAGCCUUAUACCCUGCUGUUACCAUCCCUAAAAACUGUCUGUUGACAUCUCUUUAAGUUAUGGUUGAUUUUCAGCAUGUUGGGUCUUAACGGUGAAGUGGGGGAAAGCCUGUGGGACUUGUCGUACCGUUUUGGGUGAUACAAAAUGGGUUUGUUUAUCAGUACUUGCCCCCGCUUCCUGCUUUUAAACAAGAGCCUUUAAAUUUCACCUCGCAGCCUUUGAAUAUCAAUCUCUUAUUUUUCUUUUUGCACGUUAUUGAGUGAAGAGUAAGAUUAAAAUUUCCUUGCCAAAGUCUGGUAAUGGUUUUUCCGUCUCAUUUGUGCAACUCUCUUUUUUUGUGAAUGCCAUGCUGAUAUCCUUAGUUCCAGUUCUUUGGGCGCUUCAGUCACUUGACAGAAAGAUCAAAUGAAGCUGUUUAUGCCAGAAGAGCGCUCGGCCUGUGGCUCGUUCAUUGCUUACUCCUUAGGCAAUAAUUUGGAUCUGCCAUUGAGCCCUCUCUUGUGACUCUGUGGGUCCAGAGCUGAUUUCAAGUUUUAAGAAUGAAGUUUGCUAAAAGAAUUAGCUGGUGGCAGUAGACACUUAUGCUUAUAACAGUCAGAACCUUUAGGAGAUGUUUAAACGCGGGAAACUUUUCCAGCAGCCGGGAGAGGCUGGUAUAACAUGCAGCUGAUGGGUUUUGCUGUCCUUUCCUGAACAAACAGUUCCCCAGUUGUGUGCCGCCUCUCUUGUACCCACGGGUAUGUUCAUGUCUGCAUGUGUGGAAACCCCCAGGACUGUACAGCCAUGAAGCUUUUGCUUUGUAACUAAUCCAUGUGGGCUCUUGUUUUGAAGGAUGUGUAUAUUUUUCUGAGUAGAUGAAGGGAUGUUGGUUUA